AUAUUUUUGGUAAUACUCAUAUUUUGUCUAUAAUAACUUUUUUCUACUUAUGUGUGUCACUUAGUUGAAGUUUUAGAGUUUUAGACUUAAUGGCUUUAGCCUGUUUUUCUGUUAUGUUGUUUAUGUUACAUGUUGUUAUCUUCAACUUAGUUAAAGUUGAAAGUACAUAUUGUCCAAAAGAGUUUAAUUGUAGUAGACUUGGCAGUAUGAGUUAUCCUUUUUCAGAAUUCAGUAAGCCAUAUUGUGGAUUAUCUAAGAUUGAUUGUAACAACAGUUUACUAUAUCCAAAAGUUGAGCUUGAAGGGGUGUCAUACAAUGCAUACAAAAAAUGGCUAUGGGUUAAUGGUAUCGAUCUAUCGGACUCGAUUCUUGAAGGUUAUUUGGCUAGUAGAAGUUGCAAGUCUUUCGAAAGGAACUUGUUGUUUCCUAAUACACCUUCAGUAUCAUUUGGUGUAUUCAACAAUAUCAGUUUGAUCAAAUGCAUGAAUGAUAGUACUAGUAGUAGUAGUAAUGAGGAGAUAGGUGAUUAUUUUCGACGUUAUGAGAAUUACUCUUGUGAUGGAUUUGAUGUGUACUAUCAUAAACCAAGAUCAGGUAGAGGUUAUAGUAUUCCUACUGGUGAUGAUCUUCCUGCAAACUGCUCGAUUAUUCGAUUGCCGAUGAAGUAUAUUCCACCUGCAGAACCAGUUCCUGGUGAUUUGUUUGAGUUGUUAAGUUCUAAUUUUACAUUAGAUUGGGAAGUUUCUAAAGAUUGUUCCAAGUGUUUUUAUAGAGAAGGGCAAUGCCAAAGUGACAGCAAAAAUGAGUUCUUUUGCUCUAAAGCAGCAAAAAGAAACUUGGGGCUGAUUCUAGGCAUAGUGCUUGGUGGUUUUUCGAUCAUAGCAAUCAGCAUAGCGAUCAAUAUAAUCUGCUGUUGCAAGAAAGGUAAUCGAAGAUUUUCUAACGUUCUUCCAAGAAGCACCCCUUCAGAGCCCUCAACACGAAGCUGCGAUUUAGACAGCGGGUUCUUUGGGGUUCCCAUCUUCUCUUAUGCUGAACUACAACAAGCUACCAUGAAUUUUGAUUCCUCCCGAGAACUCGGGGAUGGAGGAUAUGGAACAGUAUACUACGGGAAACUUCAGGAUGGGAGAGAAGUUGCCGUAAAACGCCUAUACGACCACAAUGCUAGGAGAAAGGAGCAGUUUGUAACUGAGAUUGAAAUUCUAACAAGGCUAAGGCACAAAAAUCUUGUUACGCUUUAUGGUUGCACGUCUAGACUCAGCGACCAACUCCUACUUGUAUACGAGUAUGUCCCUAAUGGAACGGUAGCUGAUCAUUUGCACGGUCAUAAGGUGAAGGAUGGUUCGCUCACCUGGCCUAUCCGGAUGAAAAUUGCUGUUGAAGCUGCCACUGCUCUGGCAUAUCUGCACGCUUCUGAUAUAAUCCACCGCGAUGUAAAGAGUAACAACAUACUACUUGAUCAAAACUUCUGUGUCAAAGUCGGAGAUUUUGGACUUUCAAGACUUCAUCAAACUGAUAUUUCUCACAUAUCAACUGCACCUCAAGGUACCCCUGGAUACGUCGAUCCAAAGUACCACGAAUGUUACCAGCUUACUGAUAAAAGUGAUGUUUAUAGCUUUGGGGUAGUCCUUGUUGAGCUGCUAUCAUCCAUGCCUGCAGUGGACUUCAGUAGACGUAACGAAGAGAUAAACUUGUCUAACUACGCAAUAAACAGGAUUUUAAGGUGUGCAUUCGACGAGUUGAUAGACCCGUCCCUUGGUUUUCAGUCUGAUGCAGAAGUUAGAAGGAUGACUACUUCAGUAGCCGAGAUAUCAUUCCGAUGCUUGCAACAUGACAAGGACAUGAGGCCUACAAUGGUUGAAGUACUAGAAACAUUGCAAGAAAUUCAACAUGGUGAGUUUAAACAUGAUGAGAAAACGGAUUGCGAUGACAAUACUAAAGAGAGUGUACAAGUCCCUCUUUCACCUGAAUCAGAAGUAGAUACAUUAUUAAAGAAACUCAACAAGUUUCCAACUUCACCGAUUUCUGUAACUCAAGUGUGGAUUAGUGGCUCUAGCACAAGUGCCACUAGUACAUGAGAUUCAUGCGCUUUUUUCGUUUCCUAGUUCAUGUAGAUAAGCAGAAAAUACACACUUCAUUGAAGCCAAGCCAUAGCUUUAACUGAAUAUUAUUGGGUACUUGUUUCA